GCAAGCAGCAACUCCUUUACGGCAAACGGCACGGAGCGUUGCAGAAAAUACCACUGACGACAGGAUAUUUGAUUUUCUGUGCGUUUUAAGGAACCGAAGAUGAUCGAGGUGGUCUGCAACGAUCGUCUGGGCAAGAAAGUCCGGGUCAAGUGCAACUCUGAGGAUACCAUCGGAGAUCUGAAGAAGCUCAUUGCUGCCCAGACAGGAACACGGCACGACAAGAUUGUUUUAAAGAAAUGGUAUACCAUAUUCAAGGAUCACGUGUCUCUGGGCGACUAUGAAAUUCAUGAUGGGAUGAACCUGGAGCUGUACUACCAGUAGACCGAAGACCACACGACAAUGCUACACGCACCACAGACGCACACAGAGACACACAGACACACACACAGAUGUGACUAGAUGGAAUCUGUUGCAGGAAACCAUCAUGAUCAGAACAACAGAAGAGAAUCUACAUUGCAGAAAAACACACAUUGCAUUGAUGAGUUUUAGCUUUUAAUUUUUGCCGAUAAAUUUGUAUGUUUGAUGUUUUGAAAAUAAUUUUGUUUUGAUAUUUUGGAAGUAAAGCUGAUAUUUACCUA